GACCGUCGCGACCACCAUCUCCCUCCAUUCCUUCGGUGCGACAGAGCAACGCCCGCCAGCUCGGCCUCGCCUUGGCGCUGCACCACUGCACUGCGCCCAUCUCUUCUCGCUCGCAGACAUGCGGCUCGGCCAUGCCAACGUCGCUGCAGCCCUGGCGAGCGCUGCGCCGUCGUCCAGCAAGCUGGUGCUCUCCCGCCAGGUGCCGGCGGCCAGUGGCGCACAGCGCACGCUCUUCACCGGCGCCGCUUCGCCGCAGCGGGCUCGUCUGCGAGUCGCCGCGCACGUUGCUGCGCGGCGCGCCCUCUCGACACCCUCGUUCCCCUGCGUGGAUGCCAACGAGGCGCGCACGGCACGCCUGCUGGCCCAGGGCCCGUCGCUGCAGCCGGCGUCGGCCUCGCCGACGGCCGUCGACAGCGGCCCGGAGCCGAUGUACGGUGCGCCGCGCGGCUACAAGACGUUCGCCUGCGAGGAGAGCAUGUCGCUCGACUACGGCGGCGAGCUGCCGCGCUUCGACAUUGCCUACGAGACUUGGGGCACGCUCUCGCCUGCGGCCGACAAUGCCAUUCUGCUGCACACGGGCCUGUCCGCCUCGAGCCACGCCGCCUCGACGCCGAGCCAUCCGACGCCCGGCUGGUGGGAGGCCUUCAUCGGCCCAGGCAAGCCCAUCGACACGGACCGCUACUUUGUGAUCUGCACGAAUGUCAUCGGUGGCUGCUACGGCAGCACUGGCCCGUCGUCGCCGCACCCGCUGGACCCCGCGGGCCGCCCGUAUGCGUCGCGCUUCCCGAUCCUGACGCUCUUCGACAUGCUGCGGGCGCAGUUCCGCCUGCUCGAUCAUCUCGGCAUCCAGCGGCUGUAUGCCUCGGUGGGCAGCUCGAUGGGCGGCAUGCAGAGCGUCGCUGCCUGCCACAUGCACCCCGACCGCGUAGCCCGUGUGGUCAGCAUCUCUGGCUGUGCACGCUCGGCGCCGGCCAGCAUCGCACUGCGCUAUGCUCAGAGAAGUGUGCUCAUGGCGGACCCGAACUGGAACAGGGGCUUCUACUACGACGAGGGCCGGCUACCGCCGCAUAUGGGCAUGAAGCUCGCGCGCCAGAUCGCGACGAUCACCUACCGCUCGGGGCCCGAGUGGGAGCAGCGCUUUGGGCGCCAUCGUCGGCUGGCCGCGCCGCGCAAGGAGAACAAGGCCAGCGCCGGCCGGGUCUCGGACCGCUCGCCAGAGGACCAGGAGCAGGACCCGGCGCUGUGCCCCGACUUUCUCAUCGAGACGUACCUCGACCACCAGGGCGAGAGCUUCUGCCUCAAGUACGACGCCAACUCGCUCAUCUACAUCUCCAAGGCGAUGGACCUCUUCGACAUGUCCGACUUUGCGCUCGCAGAUCUGGCGCGACGGCGACGCGCUGCCGCCGUCGCGAGCGCAGCCGACGGCAGCACUGCGGGCAACGCGGACCAGUAUGCGCGGGAGACGAGCUGCCUCGCCGACGAAGAGUCUGGGCAGGGCGACGAGCCCCGCAUGCCGCGGCGUCAGCACAUCCACACGCUGUCGAGUCCGUCGGCGCACGCCUACCUGCCUGCGCUGGCGCGCGGCCUGAAGCGGCUCAGCAACACGCCGACGCUCAUUCUCGGCGCCCAGACCGACAUUCUCUUUCCCGUGGAGCAGCAGCGCGAGCUCGCUGAGUGCCUGCGCAUGAAUGGCAACGACCGCGUGCGCUACUACGAGAUCGACGCACCGCACGGCCACGACAGCUUCCUCAUCGACGUGGCCAACGUGGGCGGCGCUCUCAAGGGCUUCCUGGACUGAUGCUGGGGAAAGCAAUGCAACGCGAUCCGUGAAGAGUUGGCUUGGCGCCUUGACUCGAACGCCCAGCGAAGGGCGUGUACUUGUGCCGGGAUGCCCGCAGAAGGAAGACGCGACGUUGAGCUUGACAGAUGGGAGAACGCGUGCGAUGUGUUGCGGUGACACGCCUCAAAGCUGCAUUGUGCUCGAUCAGGCCGAGUACAGCGACAGCGCACUUUGUCUGUGGGUACUGCCGUGUGGACUCAGGCGAACCCUGCUGGCUCGCCGCUGGGUCCGCCCUGGUAGCAUGCUCUAGAGGCUGGCCGAGGAGGCGAGUCGUCGCCCUUGCACGCGCGG